AUGGGCCAAGUGGCAGGAGACCUUGGCUGGCGGCUCAGCCUGCUGCUGCUGUUCUCCUUGCUUCUCGUGGGAGCCGGUGCCUGGGGGCUUCCAAGGACCACUCUAGGCUUGCAGGAACUACGAAAGGAGUUCACAGUCAGUCUGCACCUCGCCAAGAAGCUGCUCUCCGAGGUUCAGGGUCAUGUCCGUCGCUUUGCUGAGUCUCACCUCCCCGGAGUGAGCCUGGACCUCCUGCCACUGGGACAGCAGCUCCCCAACGUGUCCUUGACCUUCCAGGCCUGGCGCCACCUCUCUGACCCAGAGCGACUCUGCUUCCUCUCCAGAGCACUUUGGCCCUUCCAUGCCCUGUUGGGAGGUCUGGGGAGGCAGGGGGCCUGGUCCCACUCAGAGAGGGCGCAGCUGUGGAUCACAAGGCUGGAUCUCCGGGACUUGCAACGGCAUCUUCACUUCCAGGUGCAGGCUGCAGGAUUCAACUGUCUUGAGGAGGUAGAAGAGGAGGAGGGGAAGGGGCAGCUCCCAGAGGCUCUGGCUGACCCCACGCAGGGGUCAACCCCGGUGUCCUGGCCCCAGCUGAUCUACACCCACCAGCUCCUACGCUCCUUGGAGCUGGUCCUGUCUCGGGCUGUGCGGGACCUGCUGCUUCUGUCUAAGGCUGGGCACCCAGGCUCAUCUUGGGAUUCCCAGCAUUUGGCUCCCAGGCCCUAUGGAGUGACCUUUUAG